AUCGUGGGUCCGAACGCUCAGUUCAUGUCUGGCUCCUUCCUCGGUCACACCAUAUGAAGAUGGCCAAGUUUCUGGUGUGAUCAAGCUGCGGUUUUUGAGCCAGACUAAUAUCCGGCAAGGCACCAAAUUCUAUGAAUCCUACCUUGUAACUAGGCCAGCAGAUUGAAUUUGAAUGUUCAUUGCAACUCGACCUCUAUCCACAGUUGUUGGGUUGAUCCGACGCUCCAUCAGCCCGAGUCUAUGAAUCCUCAUGUCGUCAACCGCUGUAGGCAGAAUCUCCUGGAAUGAUAGGAGCACGAGUCCCCGGUUAGAAGGUGACUUCCUGAUCCUCCCUAACAAAACCGUCUCGGUCGGGAGGGACGAUGCUGCAAACGACGUUGUGCUCCCCGACUUGAGGGUUUCGAGAUGUCAGCUUGAGAUAUUCUGCAUCAUUGUGGAUGAAGAAUGCAAGCAUGCUCCACUCGUAUUUGUGCGCGAUCGAGGGUCCUCAAACGGCACAUGUGUGAACGGUCAGCUCAUUGGAAAGGGGACGAGGCUCUCCCGGGCAAAGCUGCUUGAAGAUGGAGACGUGAUCACCAUUGGCACACAUCCUGACCUGACGCUGAAGUAUAGCUCAUUGCUCCACAUGCAGCCUUCUUAUACUCUGAGUCCCCUCCAGCGGAAGGAAGUUGAGCUCUUCAAGGACAGGUAUAUCAUCUCCAGCCGCACAAUCGGUGACGGAGGCCAUGCUUUGGUCUUCCUGGGCACCGAAGUUGAAACAGGACAGCAAGUCGUCUGCAAAGUUCACGAUAUCAGCCAUUAUUCUACUGAAUCUCAGGAGUUGCGGCGGAUCCGCCAGGAGGCAACCCUGCUAAGCACCUUGGAUCAUCCAAACAUCCUUUCAAUCAAAGCAGCAUUCGAGACUCAUCAGACAAUAUACAUCAUUACUGAACUAGCAACUGGUGGUGAUCUUUACUCGCUCCUUUCAAGGCACGACAGGUUGGAAGAAUACACAGUCCGGUCCAUCAUCCGACAGGUGCUCCGAGGCGUUGUCUACAUCCAUAGCAAGGAUGUCGCCCACCGCGAUAUUAAACCAGAAAAUAUCCUCUGCGGCGUGACCCCUGAAGUCCCAUUGCGAGUCAUGCUCUCCGACUUUGGAGAUUCGGGAAUCGUCGGUCGCCAGAGGAUGAAGUCGGCCGUAGGGACUCGCUUCUACCGAGCACCCGAAUGCUACACUCCUGGCCAAGACCAUGACUUGGCGGUUGACAUCUGGGCAGUUGGUAUGCUCGCCUUGCAGCUAUUUCUCGGGUGUGAGGAGUUUCCAGGGCUUGAUUCGAUACUCUUUCAGAGUCAGGCUGAUGUUGAGGCCUAUGUGACUUUAAUAUUUUCCCUCCCAUCCUACCAUGGACGGAUUUCCGAGGCAGGCAAGAACUUCAUCCGCCACUGCCUGGCAUACGACAGCAAAGAAAGGCCAACGGCCCGCCAGGCUUUCCGUCACAGCUGGCUUCAAGAACCGAAAGACGACCGAAAGUUGUUCAACCAGCUUGAGACGAGGAAUGUCGACUUGUGGAGGCCCCAGCGAGCCAUGUUCCCUGUGAUUCAAGAUCUCAGGGCGGAAUCACUCCUCAGUAUCGGACGCGGAGCUCCUGAUAUGAGGCCAGGUUUGGAAGACAUGGUGUCGCGACACUUCGCGGAUCGGAUAUCAACUCACCCUGCGGCGCCAGGGAUUCAUCUGUUGAAAGAGAGGUGACGAUACCAAACUCAUCACCACUAGCAGGACAUGGCAAUCUGUUUGGAGCCUCUCACCGAUGGAAAGGGAACUGUUAGUAAGAACAGGCGGCGGACCGGCUUAAGAAAAGCGUGAUCCAAACACUGACUGCCGUUGCUAGUGGUUUACGAACCGGAACAUGGCCUUGAGCAUUCAGACCCGCUUUACAUACUACAAGUACAUCUACAUUUGUUUCGCAGAGUUGUAUUGUACACUUAAAGGAGCCGUCCAGGAAGA